CGUGCAAAGAACGAGGACAAUGAAGAUCCAUCAUAAUCUGAGAUGUUUGUUGUAACUCGUACGAACAAAAAAGGAGAGACUGAUUCGGGAACACAAGAGACAAUUGAACAUCUUCAAAAUUUGAAAGAAGCAGGAUACAAUGAUGAUGACGCAGUUCAAACAGUUUUCGGAAAGGAGAGACAUGGAAGAGUUCGUUUCUAUGGUCGAUCAGUCACAAAAUCCUCUCUUAAAAAGGAGAAGGAAAUCCGACAAAUGCAGCAACAACAUAAUGAAGUGGUUUCAACUAUGGAGAAAAAUCAAAAUAACUUAACUUCCAAGUUGGAUGGUUUAACAAACUUGAUUAAAACGUUGUUGCAACAAGUCAAUCCUGGUAUGAGUGCAGAACAAGUGCAAGUAAUGAUAGAAGCUGCCCAACGAUCUCCGCCUGACGCGAGUAGUGCACCAAAUGAUGCGCGGCGAAGCAUUCCUCCUUCACUUGGAUCGAACCAUGUAUCAAAGGAUAUGGAAGUAAGUACUGUUCAAAACUUCUAGUUAAAUUAAUAGUAU